AUGCCGACAAAAAAAACUAAUCAAAACACCAACGCUAAUCAACAACCCAAACUCAAGGAAAAAACGCAUAAACAAUCAGGUAAUGAUAAUACUCAAAAUAACAUGGAUAAGGAUGUAAAUUCAAGCGACCCCUUCAUCCUGGUUAAAAAUAAAAGAAUUCUUUCUUCCUCCUCGCAAGCAUCAUCUGUGAGUGCUACUUCAAAAUCUUCUCAGACACAUACGCACAAAAAAACAAAAUUGUUCCAAUCAACAAAUCGUUUCCAAAUCCUUUCUCAAGAGGUUGUGACUGGUCCUGACACACCAUUGCCUCCAAAUCUGGAUAAUGACAACCACGAUGAUGUUUUCAAACCUCCCCCUCCGAUCUUUGUGAGAGGUAUACGCAACUUCUUAGAUCUAUCAAAAGCACUCAUCGAACUAAUCGGUGUGGAUAACUUUUUCUGUAAAGCAUCCGCUGACCGUCUAAAAAUCCAAACAGCUAACCCGGAAUCAUACCGAUCCCUCAUCCAUUUCUUAAAAGACGAACAAGCAGAAUUUCAUACUUAUCAACUGAAAGAGGACAAACCUCUCCGUGUCGUCAUACGAAACCUUCACCCAACCACGAAUCCAGAGACAAUUAAAGAUGAACUUGAAAUCCGCAUGUUUCAUGUCAGACGUGUUACAAACGUGCUUCACAAAGUGACCAAAGCUCCACUUCCUCUUUUUUUCGUCGACUUGGAGCCACAAAUCCAGUCAAACGAUAUUUUUCAACUUACAUCGCUCUUACACACAAAAGUUAGAGUCGAAGAACCCUACAAGACCAAAAUAAUAAGUCAAUGCAAUAAUUGUCAAGAGUAUGGCCACACCAAAACCUACUGCGGCUACCCUCCGAGAUGUGUUCGUUGCGGUGCCGAUCAUAAGUCACCUGAAUGCCCAAAGCCACGUUCGGAUCCUCCAAAAUGCGCACUCUGCUCAGGUGACCACCCGGCGAGCUACAAAGGAUGCACCAUCUAUAAAGACCUCCAGCGUGCCAAAAAACCAACUUCUAAAGGUAACUUUGCACCAACAUACUCUAGACCCAACUCAUCAAAUGUUAAAGAUACUCAUCCCUCCAAUGACACUCACCCAAAUCACUCUAAUGCUCACACCCCCACUUAUGCCCAGGCCACCUCUGGCAGAGCUACCAACAACACGACUUCCGAAUCAACUACUGAUUUAAAUAUUACUAUCACUAAAUUCCUUGAGGAUUUUAAAUCUCUGAUUAAUCCUCUCUUGUCACUACUUACCAAAGUAAUAGAAAAGUUACUUAUCAAAGCAUAA